UCCGGUGUGCUGUAGUAUCCCUUCCCCCCGGCCAGUAGCUCCUCCCUGUCUCCUCCUCAGGACAUGGCUGCCUCUGUGUGCUGUCUGCGUGCAGUCCUCAGCCAAUGCCACAGACACAUUUUGAAGAAGGCUGGUAACAAUGCCCCAUCCCUCACCUGCACAAACAGAAGCUGGGCCUUUAUUCGAUUUUAUGCAGCUCCUGCUACCUCCAAGGCCAAGCAAAAAGAAAAAGAAAAAGAAAUAAAGAGCAAGAAUGAAAAGGAAAUCAAAGAAGAUAUUGAACAAAAGAGGAAGGAUACCAGCCGAGCUAAGCCUUAUGGCUUUACGGCUUGGGAGCCAACUGAUGAUGUAUAUAUCGCACGCUACUACCCCAAGCCGACACUUGAGGUUGAAACGGCCACCAACCUACUGAAAAAAUAUCAAACGUUAGAUUUUACUUACUCAAAUCAAGCUGUCUAUGCAGAGCUGAAACUGGACAUGAAAAUGGAGAAAAAGAAAAAAGUGGAUCCAUUUGUUGGCUACCUUAAUUAUCCAUAUCCCUUUUCGACAGAAGAUAAUAAGAUUGUGGUUUUUACUGAGGAUGCCGAAGCUGUUGAAAUUGCAAAAUGCAAUGGGGUUGCAUUUGUUGGAGGAAGUGAACUUGUCGAACAGGUUCUGAAUGAUGAAAUACAAGCUGAUUUCUAUGUAGCAACACCAGACAUCAUCCCUAAACUGAAUCCUCUGAAAAACAAACUUAGGAAAAAAUUUCCAAAGAGCAAAAGAGGAUCAGUUGGCCGUGACAUUCCCAAAAUGCUUCAGCUGUUUAGAACAUGCCACGAGUAUCUAGUAGAAAAUGAAUGCUUAAUAAAGACCAAAAUAGCUACGCUGGAAAUGCCCUGUGAACAUAUAGCUGCCAAUCUUGAUGCCCUUAUAAAGGAUGCCUGCACGCACAAGCCACUCAGUUAUGGUCCUUUUGUGGAGAGAGUCAUUAUUUCCAGUGCCACUAGUGAAGCUUUGUUCAUCAAAUUCCAGAAGUUCCUCCCGCAGCAGCCGGAGAAAGAGUCGGACAACUAAAGGAUAACCGCAAAACAUUUCAUUCCUGUGUUUGUCUGGACAAGCCUUUAACUAUGAAAUACUUUAAUAAAUCUUUAUAUGUUA